AUGACAACAGAUCUACCUUUUCGUGUAAAAAAUUUCGAGAGUUGGGAUAUAAAUAAAGUUGUUGACUUUCUACGAUCAAGGAAAAAUACUUUAGGUCUACAGGACAAAGAUAUUGAUAUAUUUAAUAAAAAACAAAUUUCCGGUGAAUCUUUUCUAGAGUUGACACAAGAAGAUCUUAAAGAAAUGGGAUUAGAGAUUGGGCCUAGAAAAUCUAUCAUGAAACUAGUGCCAAAAUUGAAAACUAUCAUGAUAAAUUGUACUGCAACAUACAAGAAAGUCAAAGAAACUUUUUUGUUUGUCACAACAUUAUAUGGAUCUUGGUCUUGGUUAGAAUUAAGAAAACAGAUUAAACUAAAAUUCACCAAUCAAAUCGAGGAUGUUGAUGAGGAUGAUAUAUACAUUAAACCAAAUACUUAUAAUAAUACAAUUAAUGACACUGAAGCAUUUACUUACUAUCUGGAAAGGAUCCCGCAAGAUAAAGAUGGUGCAAAAAAUAUUACUUUUAACGUAGAAACAUGUGGGUAUUUUUAUGUUGUAUUAAAAUCAUCAAUAUAUAAAGCUAAUAGUUAUAUGAUUAUUUUUCUAGCACAAAUUAAUUACUCUAAGUAUAAGAAAUUAUCUGAUCUUGAUGAGAUAUUUGGCAACAAUAUUAAAAGUAUAAGCGGAUUUAAUGAACUUCCUCAAAUAAAUUUUCCAAGCUAUGAUGUGGAGGAUGAGGAAUAA